CUGUGAGGUAAAAAUAUCUUCCCAAUCUACCCUUUUCUUCGCCUAGUCAACCUCCCACCAAGUCUAGUUCUUCAAUUAUCAACAUUUUGAGGCCAUUAUUUUCGAACAUUUUGGUUAUUUCUGCAAGAUCAGGGGAAAAUUAGGUAUUCUAUUUUUCUAACCCUAGUUCUUUGUGGAAGAUUCGAUUUGGGUGAUUUGAACCUCCCACGUUUACAGUUUCUUUAAUUAUCAACAUUUUGGGGCGAUUCAUUUGGAAUAUUUUGGUAGUUAUUUCAAGAUCAAGAAAAAAUUUACCUGGAUUAGCAACGGUUGAAAACCCUAGUUUUUUGGUUAAAGCUUCGAUUUGGGGAAAAUAUUGGGUGAUUUGAGUCCGACCCGGAUGGAAGGACUUAAUCUUUGUUGAAGAUUUGAUUGCCCAUAUGUAUGGAUCGAACUUGGAUAAUCCUCACAUUUGGGAUUUUCUUCAUUUUAUUUACUCUUCCUGUAAAUUCACAAGGAAAUGUAAAUUCCACUAAUUUACAACCACCACCACCUGAGAAAUUGCCGCCGCCACCACCUCCACCUCAUCCACCUCCACCGCCGCCAUAUUCACCUCCUCCGCCUUCACCUUUGGCCCCACCGCCACCUCAUCCACCUCCACCGCCGCCAUAUUCACCUCCUCCGCCUUCACCGUUGGCCCCACCGCCACCUCCACCAUCCACCCAAGGGGCCCCACCGCCACCUGCUUCAAAGAAAAAAGACGCGGAAAAGAAACAUUUACAACACCGCCAUCAGAAUAAUCCAAUAUUAAGGCCACCUAGUCAACCAUCAAAGGGAAAGAAGCUAAAUUGGGGGAAGAGACUUGGGUUAAUGUUUGUGGGUAUUGCAGCGAUAUUGCAAGUUUGUGUGGUGGCAUUUUUGAUAAUCAAGAGAAGGCAAUUGUUGAAGGCAGAUUCUAGAUUUUGAAGGCCAACAAUUUCAAUUUCAAUCUGUUAUGGGUUCUAUUUGUUUGCCUAAUUAUUGUUAGCUCGUCGGGGAGCAUGUUUUAUAUAGCUAAAGAGUUAUACAGAUUGAGAUUCUUUGAACAACGGAUGAAUAUGGCACUCCAUGGAUUACAAAAAAUUAAGGAUUCAGCAGAAGAUUGGUGUCGAUCCACAUUUCUGUUUUUGCUCUUGUAAAUUGGUAAUUCUUGAUUGGCAUUAUUAGCAAGUUUCCUUUUUUUUUUGGGGAUUUUGUUCAUUUUCCUUAUGACAUUUUGUUGUGAAUAUUACGGUUUUUCCUUUAUGACUAUGUGAAUGACUAGGACUAAUUGAUGUUUUCUCUGCUGUGCCAGUAUUUUGGAAAGUUACCUCCUUGUACUUGGCUUAUUGCUUUUGGUGAACUUUUUAUUUAAUGUGGAGCC